GAUAAUAUUUGCUUGUAAUUUGGAAAUGAAAAGCGUACACCUGUAUUUACAAUAUGCUUUUUCAGCAUCCGCUGUUUUGAGCAUCAACAACGGUAUUAUUGAUUGUGCCUCAAAUACUCAACAAAUUCCGAAAUCAAGCUUAACUGCAUCCCAGUCGUCAACUUACUAUGAAUUCAACGACAAUCAUGAGAAGAUACCUGCUCGGGCAUCGCUUGCUAUUGAUGGUGAUACGACAACAUGUGCUCGUUCUAAUGGUGAUGAAGAACCAACAUUCACGAUAGUAUUUGAUAGAGAUUAUUACGUACAUAGUAUACGAAUUACUGUUGGUGCUCUUCCGUAUACAUAUUUUGGAUGUUUUGGAGAAACCGGGGUCGACAGAGCACUGGGUUGGUACAUUGAAAACGAAGAUAUCCCUUAUCUGCACGAUGAUUAUUGGAAUCGAGUAUUGGAAGUGAAGAAGUGCUUCGCCGCAAUAACAGCCAAUAACAGCGAACUAAUUGGUGUCCUCAAUGGUGGAUUUUGCGUUACUUCAACUACCGGAUAUAAGACAUACGACAAACA